CUGAGACCGCGGUGAAGAUGGACGUCUGCGGUCGGAGUUCUAGCGCGGAACCCGAGUGGGUGUGAAAAGGACACGCGUGGCAGGGCUCGGCUCAGACACGAGCACAUGGCGUCCGCUGACCAGCCGGAGGAGGGACGGCGGGAGGACGGUGCAGGUGCAGCCGUGUCCCCUGGGCAGUGCGGAGAGGCGCCGGCGGAGCCGUCCCGCUCCGUGCCCCAUGAGCACGCGGAGGACGCUCCGCCGGACGCCGCCAAGCCGCCCCAAAGCGAGACCGUAGGAAGGACGUCCGAGGCAUCGCCCGGCAGGGGUCGCGACACGGGCGCGGGCGUGAUCAAUGGAACGGAGGUGGACUCGCAUCGGCAAGACCGCGAGGAGCCCCCCUCUCGUGAGCCGGCAGACUCUGACGAGUCGCGGACCCCGUCCUCCGCUACCCCGAACGAUGGUCCGAGGAAAAGGCGGGGCCGUCCCCGGAAGAAUCGCAGCAGGGCGCGGAAGAGACCUGCCCCCGCCAAACCCGUUGCCCCAUGCCCCGAUGCGACCUCGGAGAACAGCCAGGGGACCGCCACGAAGGCUGUGAAGAAGAGAGGCAGGAAGUCGAAAGCGGAGCUGCUGGCCAUGGCGGAGCAGCUCGGCACGCCGACCCAGAAUCCGGCGCAAGGGUCCGAGCAGCUGGCCUCGGCCGGCAGGCCCAAGAGGAGAGCGGCGACUGUGGCGCGAGAAUACCUCCAGUCCCUGGUGAACGAGCUGGACGGUUUCUCGAAGGACAGACCAGCUGAGGACGGGACUCUGGACGCUCCGAGCCAGCAGUCGGGCCAGGGCAGGAAGAGGAAGCGCGUAGGCAAGGACCCCGAAAGCGACGACCCCGUUGCGGACGCCGAUUUCGUACCAAACAGCAAGGAGGAUGCGGAGACCGAGGAUGACCCCAGCGAGGACGGCUCCUUCUACGGCUCGGACGAGGAACCACAGGGGCCCUCGUACCACAGCGCGUCCCAUUCGACCAAACUCAAAUACCAUGGCUGUGCUGCCAAUGGUUUGCACAACAGCAUCAUGGGACCGAUUUGGUGCUGCGCCCACGCCACCAAGGCCUUCCGCGAGGAAAACCUCUCGUCCUGGGUGUUCCCCGAGUGGAUCCCGUCGGCCAAGGACUGGCACUUCCUGUCAGCCAGCGAGGCGGAGAAAUACCUACCUCAGGAGGAGAUGUCUUCCGCCUUCAGAAUCUCACGCGAGGGCCUCAAAGAGGAGAGCGGCUUUCACAGAGUUCCCAGGUUCGGCUCCCUGGCCGUGCACCCCGAUCGCUGGGAUAUGGUCUUCUUUGUGGGUGGCCCUGUCUGGUCCAUGGAGUGGUGCCCAUGUCCCGACGGGUCUACAGACCACCAGUACGCUGCCAUAUACUGCCACCGGGGGAUGGACGACCGGCACAAGACGGCAGAAACCUACAGCGAGCCCACUCUGCUGCAAGUGUGGGACCUGGGUGAGCUGCUGUACGACACCAGACCCUCCAAACAACCCACCCUGACCUAUGCCCUCGCCACGGAUGACGGCUGCAUAUGGGACAUGAAGUGGUGCCCCAGUGGAGCGUGGGAGCUGCCUUCCACCUGUAGAAAGGCUCCUCUUAUGCCUCGUCUGGGUCUCCUGGCCGUGGCGUUCUCUAGUUCUAAGAUCGCCAUCUACAGCCUCCCCCACCCGGACGCCUUGCAGGCCCUCAGGAAAAAUGAAGGAGGACUGGAUCAGGACCCUCUGGUAUGCCAGGUCCAGAGAGUAGCGGAUCUGAAGCUGGGUUCCAUACAAGCGAAUCACGAUGACCAGAGUGGUCAGUGUUUCUGCGUGGACUGGCUACCUGUCAAGCCUCACAACAUCCUGGCGGCUGGAUUCAACGAUGGCACAGUCGCCCUGUGGAACCUGAGCACCAAGUCCCUGCUGCAACGUGUGAAGUCACCCAGCAGUCAUUCCACAAUGUAUCCGUACCACUGCUUCAAUGCUCAUGACAGCGGAGUCCGCGUCCUCAGCUGGUGCAAGGCAUCCAGCGACCUCAUUGUUACAGCCAGCGACGACAGGAAGGUGAAGAUGUGGGACCUCAGGAAAACUCAUGAACCUGCAAGCUCCUUCAGACGCUUCCUGUCCACGGAGAUCAGCUGGCCAUUACUCUGGUCCGGUUUGUGCGUGGCCCAGGAGUGCUGCUAUGCCACGUACGGGCAGCAUGGCAUUCAUUACCUCGAUUCGGGCUACUUGGGUUUCAGGCCGUUUUUCAUGGCACCCAGGAAAGGAACGAUAUGGAGUAUAUCUUUCUCCGACUGGCUGAAUAGUGCCAUUGUGGGCGAUAGCAUUGGCGACAUGAUUGUGAUGAUGUUCCCCGACCUGUCCUCCAACCCCUGCAACCUGAAGCGCACCGUAGAUCGCCGAUUUCCGGUGUUCACAACUGAGGUGGUACCGUUUGAGGCUUCGUUGGAGAGAGAAGCCGGAGACGAAGGAGAAAGAGGCGGAGAUGAGAAGGAAGCGCACAGGAAAGUCCAGACCUAUAGCGAAGUGGUGAAGAAGUUCUACCUCCAUUUCCAUGACAUGGAUCUACGGACGUUCAAAAACACCUUCCAGAGACACCCGGUGAAAAAGAUGCUAGAAUCUGAAAUUAAGGGCACAGUGUCCCUGGACAAGAUGCCACUGGAGUCUCUCCACAAGGUGCGUUUCAACCCCAACCUGGGCAGCCUGAGCUGGACGCUGUCGGCGGGUUACGCGGGCCUGGUGCGUGCCCACUGCCUCCGUGCCAUGCACAGCCCUGUCAUCCACAAGAUGGCGCAAGAGAGCCAGGUGCAGUUCGCCGCCAUGUUCCUGUCCCAGGGGGGCACGGCUGACGAGAGCGCCGCCACGGCCGUGAGGCAAAGCACCGAGAGUACGGUGGAGGUCGUGUGAUGCCAUCGCGUUCCCACCUCCCCUCCUCCUGGCAUCCCCCAUCCCACCGUCAGCGGACCGGACCGGACAAGCUGUGUCAGCGAGGAGCUUCGCCAAGCUGGACUGGGUCUACCCCGCUGUUUUUUAAUCAAUAAAUUAUAUACACACGGACAAAAUGGCACACACACACAAUUUGUGUCAGUUUGUCUGUCUUUUAUUAUAAUUAAAUGAAGUGGAAUAUUUUGAUACUUGAAUACUUGAAGUGUUUGUUUUUUAUAUUUAUAUACAUUUUUAGUGUAAAUAUAUUCUAAAGAUCUUGUGUUGAAACUGAGAACAUUUCGAAAGGCUUUGUAGAAAACAGCACUUCAGGUGUGUCUUCUGAUCACAAACUGCAUUACUGUUGCUGUCUGUGCAAAAUUUUCCUUUUUUUUUUUUUUAAAUAAAAUUUCAAUCAGGUGUAAUUAUGUCCGUCAAAAUAUUUUAUUUUUCCACUGAGCUGCAUUUCCACUCAUGUAAUAUUAAAAAGAAAUUUUCAUGCUUUAACAGAGACCUCACAUUUUUUCAGCGACUGUUCAGACCACAAAGGCUUCGUGCUGUUUAGCGUGUGCGCACUCCUGUUCAGCAGCAGCGGCUUUACUUACACGUUCCCUCCAGAGUUGCGAUGAUUUAUCUUGUCGUUCGAGGUCCAAGGAUGAGCACGAGUGUCAGAAACCUGCAAGACGGUCGCUCCCGAACGGCCUUUCCAUCGUUUACAAGGACACGAAGCCUUCAAUCACUGCGCUGGAAAGCAGCCCAUGGACCACGGUGAUGUCCAUCGACCACAGAGUCAGAAAGAGGAUUUUAUCACACACAAUCUUUGAGAUGCCUUAGCUUUAAAGUGGUUUUGUCGGUGAGUGUCCACUGAAAUAUCGCGUGAACCCUGAACCUAUUGAGGAAAUGUGACACCGGGUUGGAUCUGUCUUGACAGCAAGCUCAUGAUUUCU